CACGAUCAUCAACAUGUUUUGACUUGUCCGUAAAUAUCGGAAGGCAGGUUGUUUUAUUUUUUUAUUUUGGAAAAUUAAGUUGUAGCUGACAGCAGCCAAUUGUCAUUUGCUAAAAGAUUUGAAUUGGAGGUGGUCGUGCGUGAAUUGUUAUUAAUCGAGAUUCGUUAUAUCCUCACAUUGUACUGCCCUGUUAAAUUAUUAAUUCUUAAUUGUUAAUACUUUUAAGUGACUGUGUUGUGUUUUGGUUGGUGUUUGUACCACAGCUGUUUGUUUGUUUUGCAAGAAGAAAAAUAAAAAAUGACACAGGCACUAGCGGCGCUGGCCGCUGUGUGCCUGUGCCUGGCUGGAGGGGAGGCGCAGCCCACUGGUUGCGGCCUCGGCCACCACUACUGCCCCGAAGGUUUCUACUGCGAGCCCGAUCUGCUUUACUGCCGCAAGUGCCUGCGUUGCGAGGAUUUGAAGCGGGAAUCGCUGCCCUCACAGUCUUCCUGCAUCAAAUCUGUCUCUGAUUGCGGACCUUGCUACAAAGGAUUGGUGAUAGACCACCGUGGCGACGUUGACUCGCCAUGUGUGCCGCGCGGCGAGCAGGGUGCCGGCGCAAGCGCGGGCGAGGCGGAGGGCUUCCCAGUGUACGGUUGGGUGCUGGUGACGCUGCUUUGCCUGCUUCUCUUGCUGCUGUUCGGCGGCAUCGUGUGGUACGUGCUCAAGCACCCCGAUACGCUGAAGAUUCUCGCCUCCACCAGCACGUCGAUGCAGUCUCGAUGCGAGCGCAGCGUGGUGCCUGCGAGCGCGCCGGAGCAACCGCCGCCCUACAACGCGCUCUACACCGCCGUGCAGCCCGCGCCCCCCGCGCCCCCCGCGCCCAUCCUCGUGCCCGGCCCCGUCUACUCUCCCGCGCCUGAACAUGCUACCGCACAUGACAACGACUACCAGCCUACUGAUGAAGAAUGUUCGUCACCUUUCAUAAAGCAGUCGUCGCCGGAUCGAGAGUGGUCUGCGCGCGAGUCUGCGGGCAGCCAGGCGGCGCGCAUCUACAAUAACCCCGCCUACGUGCGCCGCGCCCCCCUCCCCAACCGUUACGAGAAUGGUGGCGAGGGUCCGAAGGGCCCUUCGGAAGCCGACCUCGACGAGGACACGAUGGAGAGCACAUGGACGCCGGCGCAGCCUUCGCCCUCCGCACACUCCAACGACAACAGCAGUUCAUCGUCGGGCGGCGAGGUGGUGCUGGGGGCGGGACUGGGGGCGGGGCCGGGCGUGUCCGGGGUCGGGGCGGGCAGCAGCGGGGGCGGCGCAGACCUGCCCGCCCUGCUCGCCGCCGCAAAGGGCACCGCGCUCAUCCGCACGCCCUACGCCAGACAGGAUCCUAACAACAAUGGUAAUCGCGGUAACGGGGAGCCGUCGUUCGAGGGUGGCAGCGGCGGCGCUCAGCACGGCUCCUCUUUCAUCAUCAACGUGGUGCAAACCAUCAGCGCCGUGCAACAGCGCGGCGAUGGCGCUCAUUGACCCUAACUGAGACACCGCGGCACUCAACACGGUAACAUCACGUCGACUUCACGCUAGCGCCACGCCGACGUCGCGCUAAUCUUUACUAACGUCGCACUAGCGCUUCGCUGACGUUGCGUUGAGUAGCUACGACGUUUUGCUAACGUCGCGCUAACAUCGCACUAACGUCAUAGCCUCGCUCAGCAAUACCGUACUUGCUCAAUUUUUACUUAUAACGAGAUUUUUUUAGCGUAUAUUGUGGCAAGGAUUUUAGCUAUUUGAUGGUGUUAUGCUUUAGUUUAAUUCCUCGUCCACUGUAUUGAUGGGGAUAAUUAAGAAUUUUUUUUUAUGCAAUCGAGAGAUUGGUUUAGAAAAUUUACUUUGAAUAAUAAAGAAAUUGGUCUUUGUUCUAUUUUCAUUCGGAAAAUUAAAG